AUGUCCACUAAACAUAAGCAACGUCUCAGUAAUUCAAAUCAUCUCGCUGGUGCGUUCAUGAAUCCAAACCUUAAAUAUCCAAAGAGACCGCCAAACUCAUUCUUCUUAAUGAAGAAUUGUUACAUGCUAGAAUUAAAAAAGCUCGGGUAUAGGUUCACUAUGCCCACGAUUUGUAAACAGUCAAAGGAGAUUUGGUCAAAUUGUUCUCAACAAGUCAAAGAAAAAUACGAUGAUUUGGCUUUAAAAGCUCUGAUAAUACAUCAAGAUAGUAGUAGGAGGAAAUCAAAGUUUAAGAAUUAUGUUUCAAUGAAUGCCAAUAAUAGUAAUGGUGGCGGUAAUAAUGGUUAUAAUUUUGGUAAUCAUAAUAAUUUAAUAACAACUUUUAGCCAAAGUGGAUGA